AUGUCGUUGCGACGGGAGGAUGCUCUGGAAGGAUGGGAAGAGCCAGCAGCAAAAACAGCACGGGCUGCAACAUUGCAGAAGGUGGCCGACAACGCCUACCUCAACUUCAACCUUGGAGAGUUGGAAAGAGAGAGCCCAGAUAAACGUGUCAAGGCCUAUGUGGAGGAGCAGUACUCGCUACGAAAUGAGCAGGUGGAACCGGCAUGGUUAGUUAUCAGUCUCCCAGAACCAAGGGAUAGAAGGGGAGAAUAUCAACCAGAGGCUCUAGAUGACAGUCCAAAAAGUGAUGUAGUAAGACCUAAAACGCGAGAUUCCAUUCCCGAAAACAAAAAACCUACACCAAGGUCUCAAGACCUACAGGGCAAGCAACUUAGCCCACCAGUUACUACAAAGAUUUCUCAACAGAUAGGCAUGCAAGCAGCCACAGUUGCCACACUCAAUUCACAGGCAAAAGAGUUCCUGCCACACCCUCCAGGCAACUCUAACGCAGAUGUAUGGCAAGACGAAUGUGGUACCCACACCUGGCAGCAAGAGAGACCACCUGCCUCAUUUAUUCAUUUAACAAUUUCCCUCCAGAAGUUUCAACAGAAGGCUCGGAAACAAACUAAGCAGAAGAAAUAUAAGUCGUCUGACUUUCUGAUGCAAAAGAUAAGAAAGUUUCAAUUGAAGUCUCUGAAAAAUCCAGCUUUUAACAUCAACAAUACUGAUAUUUCAGCACAUCAGACUUACAAGGUGGGACUUAUUAGAUAUGACAAGCUGACUUGCAGUCUUGCAGCUCACCCACAAAAACUCAGGUUGCAAGCCCAAGCUGAACCAAGAGGAAAUGAAUGCAGCAGAAAUUACUUUGACCCUCUGAUGGAUGAGGAAAUAAACCCAAGGCAGUGUGGAAUAGAGGUCAGCAAAGAGGGUGAGGCAGAAUUAAAUGAGUUAUUCCUGCAUGACAAACUGAUGUGGUUUAUAAAUAAAGAAAUGAAAGUUGAAGAGAUAGAAGGUGAAGAUACUUUGGAUUCUAUGUGCCUUGUUAACAGCAUUAAGACCUCUGAUCUUUGUGAUGAAGUUGAAGAUGAAGACAUUCUCCCUUAUAUCGAACAGUUUGAGAAAGAGGUUCACAAUGAAGUUAUUCUUCUGGGCAACCUUCCAUGCAAACAGGAUUUAAAAUAUGAAGAUAUUUUCCAAGAUGGAAAGUUCAUUAGAAAAUUUUCUGAAGUAUUGCAAAGCAAGCCAGAAAAUCAGGUGUUGGAAACUGCCUCAAAUGGCUGGAAAAUGAGGGCUGCAGCCAAACUUUGUAACCUUGCAGGAGUGAGUCACAAUUCAAAUGGAACAGCUGUUCCUUGCUGGAAGGUUAACCGCACUAAAAAAUCUCAAUUUACUGAUAUCCAUCUAAAAUGCUUAAGGGGUAUCAAAGACAAAGUGCCACAAGGUAGUUACAGUCUCAAGGUUUCCAUUUGUAAACAACUUAAUGGAAAAUUUCUUGCAUGCUCCAAAGUGGAUGGACAACAAUUGACUGGAAAGUCACUGCCUGUGAGACAUAAUGGGAACUUCUAUGACGUGGAGAUCUCUUUUGGACAAAGCAUAUACACAGAUGUUCCAGUUAGAAAGAAUGGGAAGCCUGGAGAAAUACUUCUUUUUGAGCUGUUUCUUCUUCAAGGAACUUCUGGCAGAGUUGUGGGCUGGGGAGUUUUUCCUUUAUGUAAUAAUAAUUUGGAAAUCGUGGAUGGGAAGUUCAAGUGUCCUCUUCUCAGAGGUCAUUAUGAUUCCAGAAUUGAUAGAUUCCAAAAAAUUGAAAAGUUGAUUUCUUCUGAUUUGGAUCACUGGCUAUGCAAUCUUUAUUUUCAGAUAAUUAAACUUCCAUGGUAUUCAAAUGAAGAGUAUAAAUAUGAAGUGGGCCUUCAGCCGUCUUCAAAAAUUCUUCAAUAUUCAAGUACUGCUGAGAAGGAUGGGAUUUCAAAGGAAAUCAUAGGGCAACCUCUGACCUCUCGGAGAGAUUCUGACACUCAUGAGGGAAGUAUUCCCAGUGCUGAAAAGGACGUGAGGAAGCGGUUUAACACGAUGAAGAAGAAUGAUCCAAAUGAUGUGGUUGUGCAAAGCGGUUCUAAGAUCAGACUAGAUGCUGAUGAUGGAGUAUUACGGUCUUAUCAGGAGGAAUUGGAGAAACAUAGAUUCUCUGUAUGCUGUCACCCUGCUGUUGAUGCAAACAUGUCCUCAAGACUCGCCAAGCACUUCUACUUCGGAGCAUAUGAUGCCUUUUUUGAACUUGGAAGAGGACAAUGGUAUUCCUGGGAUUUCUGGUCCAGUGUGCUGCUAAUCUCUUUCCUUUGGUUUAUCCGUCUUUAUCUGCAUUAUUUUAGUCAAUGGAUCUUACUCCACGUUUUUGCAGUUCCUGUCACAAAGUAA